AUGCUGCGUCUGUCGGCGAGCUUGGGGCGCGUCCAGCGCAACAUAGAUCCACGUAUACUCACACAUGCAAGCGCGGCAAACGCACCACCGCGUCGUGCGGUUCCCCAUGUGUAUAUGCUCUCUAGCGUGCCGCUCUCUACCCAAGCACCGUCCCACGCAUCCACCGCAACGCGCGCCGAAGCCUUACUUCCCCCCUUGCGCACUCAGCCCCUACCGCGCCCCGUCUCUGUAGCAAUCCUUUCCCACGUCAUCCCUUUGGACAAUGCGCACACACCCGAACUCAGCGACGCAGCGCGCAAUGUCGAGGCACAAGUGUACGAAAUCCUCCGCGAGCACAAUCUCGCACCAUCAGCGCUGCGCAAACUCGGCGCAAACAUCCUGCAAGUCUCGCGCGAUGCAGACAGGUACAAUGUUGCGAGCAGCCUCUUCUGGAUGGCGUUCCGUCGUGGCGACGACGAUGCGGGCUAUUCGUGGGCGACCAUGGUCCUCGAAGGCCUCACGCGUUCACAGCAAGACAAACACGCCGCGUCAUCGCUGAGCACCAAAGCCGUCGAGAUCUACACGGACCUCGCCAAGAAAGGGAACGCGCAUGCCGAAUUCGGACUCGGGCGCAUCGUGCUCUCGCACCUGCGCAAAAACGCAUCGCCUGCCGCCGCCGACAAGCAGCGGGUCGUGUCGCUUUGGCAGCGUGCUGCCAAGCACGGCCUCGCUGAUGCAUGGUACGAGCUCGGGCGCCUAUACCAUAGCGGAUUCCUCCCUGGCGAGCAGGACAAGGCGCUCGGCGCGCUGGAAAAUGGCGCGCGCGCCGGAAGCGCACACGCCACGUACGCACUCGGCGUGUUGCACGGCAUUCGCGCUGAAAAGACUGCCCAGCAGGAUCCCAAGCGCGCCCACGACGCAUCCACCCUCUCGAGCCGCUACUUUUUACAAGCCGCCCAGAAAGGGCACGCGCCGAGUGCCUACAACAUGGGCGUGCGCUAUCUCUUGCGCGAGGAUAGCGAGAAACACCAAACGCGUUGGGGCGUAACGCCCGACGAUCGCAGCGCGCGCGAAUGGUUUGGCGCCGCAGCAUCCAAGCUCCACCUACCUGCUAUGAUGAACUACUCGGCCAUGCUACUCGACGGCCGCGGCGCUGCAGGCCCCGCACCCACACGCGGGGACCUGCUCGAGGCGCGGCGCAUUUAUACGCGCGUGCUUCAGCUCGCAGAGGCGCAACUGGAAAAAAAAGGCGGCAUGCUGCCCCAAGAAGAUACCGAUACUCCCGUAGUGCUCCGCCAAAUGACCGAGCAGGCUGCGCAUGGGCUUGCCAAGGCCGAGCAACUCCUCGCUGACGCCCCGCACGACGCAUAA